CUUCCCUCAAACACCGAGGAUGUCCAUGUGGCUACAUCAAAUUUCUCGUUAUUUUUCAUAUGUAUUCGGUUUGGAUUGCAAUAUACGAAGGUUAAUGUGUUUAGGAAACUAUAAACAUUAUAAAAGUGUAAAUAAUUUUAGAAAAUAAUGCCUAAAAAUCGGAGGAAAGCAGGAGGCCGGCGGUCAGCUGAGGCACGUUCUCUGCCCAGUGAUGAAGAGUACGACACAGCCGACAACUGGAGUACAGCCAGUGUGCUGUCAGAGGACCAGACAGACAGUAUUCCAGAAGAAGACAAAGAUGGUGAGGAAGUUGACGAGUCAGGGUCUCAAGAGCAUUUUGAGGACAAGUUGAAAGAUGCAAUAGAAGGACUAUCACAGAAAAGUGCUCAGGGAAGGAAGAACUGUCUAGAAGGACUGAUCAAGGCUUUCUCCAAAAAGUACCUAUUUGACUUUUUGGCGGACAGGAAAGUGACAGUUUCUGAUGGAGUCAUCCGAUGUUUGCGAAAGGGGAAGGGGGAUGAGCUGGCCCUGGCUGCCCGCUCUCUUGCCAUGCUGUGUAUUCAGCUGGCCCAGGAUGCGGACGAGAUAAUGGAGGACGUUAAGCCCGUCCUUCUUACUAUCCUAGCUGACAAUUCUGCAAACAUAAAGGCGAGAGGAGAGUGUGCCAUAGCUGUUGCCAUGUGUGCUUUCAUCACAUGUAUGGAAUUUGAGGAUGUUGUAAGUACUAUGGAGGCCCUGGAGAACAUCUUCAGGCUGUCCUUUCGGAAGGGUGACAAGUCAAUCCCUACCCACAGUCCUGAGGUGUCCCGCCUGCACGGCAUAGCGCUGACGGCUUGGUGCCUCCUCCUAUCCAUAGCUCCCCAGUACCACAUAGACAAAGUGGUCGCAAAGUACCUGAGCAAGUUACCAGACCUGCUGGAGAGUCAGGAUGUGGACCUGAGGAUUGUGGCAGGGGAGACAAUAGCCCUCUUCUAUGAGCUGGGCAGGGAGGAGGAUGAGGAGUUUCAGAGUGCCAGCAUGGUCCAGCUGUGCGAGUCUCUGCGACGUCUUUCAACGGAAUCACACAAGUAUGUGGCCAAGAAGGACCGCAGACACCAGAAGUCAAGCUUCCGGGACAUUCUCAGGGCUGUACAGGAGGGUGAGGCGCCGGAGGUUGUGGUGAAGUUUGGUCCAGAGUGCCUUGAGAUGUACACUUGGGUAAAGAAGGUCCAGUACAGUGCUUUCUGUCAGGCCAUCAGCUCUGGCGUAUACCAACACCUACAGUGGAAUCCGAUGGUUCGGGAGGUGUUUGGACUGGGGGCUCCACUCCUCGUCUCCAGUCUUCCCAGCAACAAACCCACCAAGUGGGAGAGGACAAUGUACAAUGCUGCUGCCUUCAAAGCAAGAACAAAGGCGCGGGCCAAGUUCCGAGAUAAGCGGGCUGUGACAAUGAGUGGGACUGAAUGAGGAUAGUCUUGUACAUAGCUACCCAGUUGUGAACUGUGUUAAUCUCAACAUACAGAUUUAUUUAUUAUCUUGAAUGCAGUGAUAACUGUUGUACCAUAUUAUUAAAAUGGCAAGUGUGGCUGUGCUAUACAGAGCAAUGAAUUGUGUGACAGAUAGUGUACAUGAACUGAAACACAUGGAUGUUGUACCUUUAUAUCUGAUGUAAACAAAUCAUCUGCUUGCAGUUAAAAGGAACGCCUCAAAAGUGAAAAAACGUUAUUUUUGUAAUGGUAAUAAUAUGGAAAUGCUGUAUUUGUAUGAAUGCAUGGAGACCAUUGGGCUAAAGGGCAAACAGAGAGUGUGAAACAUGCAUUUAUUCUUGUAUCGUUUUGCAUGAAGUGUAUAGUGUUGUACUGCAGUGAACAUAUUAAUUGAAUGUUUUGUUUUAUUCUAUUUUAACCAGCUGUUAACACCAGCCCCUCGUUGUGUCUUAUGUUAUCUUCUUUCUAGCAUUUACAACCUGCUUUGUAUUUGUAAUUGUUUUGAUUAAGUUCUUUGUAUUUGCUUUUUUUCGUUGUCAAAUUCUAUGCACUCAUGCAUAAGGCCAAAAUUGUGUACAUCCUAUUUAGUAAACCAUUAUUUGUUUUAUUUAAACAUGAUGUGGUCAUAUGUAGUUGCAAGUUAUAUAAGGACAGUCUACACUUAAUUUAAAUCAAAACUCGUAUUUACUUCAUUCUUUAUAAUAUGCGUUUGAAAGUCAUGACAUUUUUAUGUCUGUCCAUUAUUAUACAUGGCUGUGCAUUGUGAAGAAAGCAUGUAUUUUAUCAUAUCUGUGAUUAUUUCGAUCCUGCUUUUAUCUGAUACCAGUUGUACAUUUUGUACUUUGAAGUAAACAUGUUUAUGCCCUCAACAAGAUCAUUUCUCCAAAUUAGUUGUAUACAUUUUGGAUCACAAUAUUUCAAAUUUACAAAGCUGUAAGCUGGGACUGUUUGAUAAAUAAAGCACAAGACAAUGUUAAAACUAAUUUAAUUUGGUCAUCAGCCAACUGAUGAUUCUUUGAUUAUUAGUAGAUAUAAUUGAUUUAAUGGUCUUUGUUUAAUAUUUUGGCAAUCAAUUGUAUAUGUGAAAAUUCUGUAAGCUCAGCCAGGGUGUAGUAUAUUUGAGAAAUGUACCCUGGCAUGUUUAAAUCACAAUAAAUACCAGACUUUACAUAAACACCAUAUGAUGGAAAUUUACUGCCAAUUUAUGUGAAUCAUUUUUCACUUGUGUUAGUAUGUAAAUAACAUACUUUUUAAACUAAAUCUGAUUUUUUUUUUUUUAUGUGACAGAAAUAAAAUGAUAACAUGAUAA